GCACUCGCCGCACCAAGUGGCUCCUCCAAACCAACGGUUCGCAAAGCAGUGGGUGAAUGCGCGAUGAAGCUUUUGUUUUGAGAGUACGUAGAUGUCAUUUGUGUCGACUUUUCUCAUCAUUUCCCUCGUUUUUCUCGCCGCCGUGGACGACGAGCGAAUGUAUUUUGAACGCAAAACGGUGUGUUAGAUAUCUCGCAACUCAAUCACAGCACCCGCUGGCCGCCCGAAGACGUUCGCGUCGCCAGCGACCAAGCUCCUCUCUUUCCCAAGGUCCCAAGCUGGCCCAUUGUUUUCCUCCGACCGCACGCACGCAGCUUCACACGCCGUAUAGUACUUUUUCCCGCACGUCCUCCGCUCCGUUCCGCUCGAAUCGCUUCAAAAAUCCGCUCGCGAUUACUCGCAAUAUGUAAGUACAAGUCUCUAACCUCAUUCAGUGGUGAUGAUGUUCUAGAAACCCCUCGGCGACCACUUUGCAACAAACAAUGUUAUGUGCAUGCGAGAUAGUUAAACGCAAGUCGCAGCAUUGAUACCUAGCGCGCGGGGCCCUAGCUCGCGACGGUGGGAAUGGACCACUCUUUGUACAUGCCAUUUGCUACCCCAAACGGAGUACCACAGGAGUCCAAGCUGGCCACUUACAUGAAUCGACAAAGUACAAGCACACCUGUGGGUACCAAUAACUUAUCUCAGUCAUUUGCUAAAAUUAGUAUCGAUUCACCCGUUUCUUCCAAGAAAGUAACACCGCAAUCACCUGAGUUUGUUCCCGGAUCUCGUGCUGUCACCUCCAGUAAUUCAGCUUCGCCCAAUUUAUUUAAUACAUACUCGAACCAGCCGAACACGUUCUCAAGGUUGGUGGAUUCUCCACACAGUGGCAAUGGCUCACCGCAUCUUACACCGCAACCGUCGCCACCGCCUAAUAACCUGACAAAUUGUUCUCCAAUUCCAAAUGUAGCUUUAGAGAAACCUUCGGUUGCUGUGGCCUAUCAGGAAAAUGUAAAUGGUACAACGUAUUUCUACCCGACGUCCGGCGAAAACUCGCAAAACACUAACGAUACACUGACGUCGAUGAACAGCAGCAUCGCGGCAAGCUUCCAGGUGUAUCCCGGAUCUCCUAGUCAUGUGAGUACGCUGAAGUCACGCGGCGUCAACUCGUCGUUUUUCGUCUCCGAAAACAUACGAAUGGACAUACUGGAGCGCAAUGCUUUAACACUCCUGCAGGCAGAUCCCGAGCAUUUUCCAGAUCUGCCGCACGAAGUGGAUAACUAUCACGAUCUCUAUCCACUGGAGCCCAUGCAGAAGGCACCAAUGGGCUAUCCUGCUACCAUGUACAAGGCGACCCAUAUCAAGACCGGCGUUCGCUAUUGUCUUAGGAGAAUUCAUGGUUUCCGAUUGCAAAACACCAAGUGUAUGUCCUAUGUAGAUACGUGGAAAAAACUCGUGCAUUCCAAUAUUGUCCAGUUAAAGGAGGUGUUCACAACGAAGGACUUUGGCGAUAAUUCUAUGGUGUUCGUGUAUGAUUAUCAUCCCGGUUCGGAAACCCUCUUGAGUAAACAUUUCCAAAACGAUCAGCUAAAUGGUUAUCAGGACCCGUUCGCCACGGAUCCCUCAACGCCGCGUCCCUACUCACAUCAGAAAAACAACAUUCUCCGUCAUACUCAAUCCAAUAAACUACCCGAACAGGAAAUCUGGAACUACAUCAUUCAACUUACUUCUGCGUUAAGGAUAAUACAUUCUUCAGGUUUGGCUUGUAGAAGCCUGGAUCCAACCAAAAUCAUCAUAACGUCCGGUCAACGAUUGCGUCUCAGUUGCUUGGGUGUGUUGGAUGUGACCAUGACGGACACCUCCAACCACACUGAUUCAUAUCAGCAGGAAGAUCUCGCCGCGUUGGGUAAACUCGUCCUGGCGCUCGCUUGUAGAUCCACGAUGGCCGUUCAACCCAAUAACAUCUCGACUGCGGUCGAAAUUGUAACUCGCAACUAUACUCCAGAUUUAAGGAACUUGAUUUUGUAUCUCUUGUCGAACAGGCGCCGAAGUUUAGUUGACCUCAUGCCGAUGAUUGGCGCGCGAUUCUACAUGCAAUUAGACAAUAGUCAGUCGCUCACUGAUAUUCUAGAGAACGAGGUGGCGAAGGAGCUGGAGAAUGGGCGAUUGUUUAGAUUGUUGGUGAAACUGGGGACAAUUAACGAAAGGCCAGAGUUUAAUUUGGAUCAAACCUGGUCCGAGACCGGUGAUAGAUAUUUACUCAAACUAUUCCGUGAUUACGUAUUCCACCAAGUGAUGGAGGACGGCCGGCCGUGGGUGGACUUGGCACACGUCAUUCAAUGCUUAAAUAAACUAGAUGCGGGCGUUCCUGAAAAGAUAUGUUUGACGUCGAGAGAUGAGCAAAGCAUUCUGGUAGUGAGCUACGAAGAGUUGAAGCACUGGUUGGAUCAGUCGUUCAAUGAGAUUGUGAAUGCCGCAGCGCCGCCAGACAGCGUCACAUAGGCGUAGCAUUGCGUUCCGAAUAAAACUAUAACAAAAAGCGAGACGAAAGCGAUCUUUUCCGCCGUUCUUCUUAUUAUUUUUUUAAAUCAAGAAAUUGUUGGGAUCACGUAUUUAUUUUUACUUAAUUUUUUAUCAAGCAAUUGAGCGAUGAUUAAUUUUAAUUCUCAAACACGCGAUACACACACACACACAUGAAACACAAGACACAACGCGCGAACUAAACAUAAAAAUCAAGUACAAAGCUUUCUGUUACAUAUCUUUUUUUACGUUAGAUUCAUAUUUUGUUAAACUGAUUCGACGUGGAUGCGGACGAUGGCAGCGCGACGAAGGACGAUCCAAAUGAAGUGACACCGAGCUAUACAAAUGUAUCGGCCAUUUUUGCUGUGAGAGUACCAGACGGACACAAAUAUGGUAUUUUAAGAGUAAUUUUUCUUUUAUUAAUUCUACUACUGAUGAGAAAGAUGAGAAAACUGUAACGUUAGCAUAAAGACAUGUCAAAAACUUAAAGUACUUGUGAUAUUGUAAAGAUGAAUUUAUUUCAAUAAAGUUAUUCUUUACUAA